AUGUCGUCUAUAAUAUCAAGUAAAGACUCGUAUACUUGCAUAUCAUGCAGAGUGGCAUUUCAAGACGCUGAAUUACAAAGAUUGCAUUACAAGACUGACUGGCAUCGAUACAACCUGAAGAGAAAAGUUGCAGAGUUGCCCCCAGUAACUGCAGAAGAGUUUCAAAGAAGAGUACACAAUCAAAGAAACACUGAUGAGCUGAUGAAACAGGACAAAAGUGUCUAUUGCACAGCAUGUCACAAGUCUUUUGGUAACCAGAAUGCCUUUGACAAUCAUUUGAAUUCUAAGAAACAUAAAGAUAAUGAAAAAGUGUCCAAUUCAGAUUCAAAUAGUGUCACAAGUAGCAUUCCAUCCCUGAAACGAAAUACUUCUGCAAAUAAAACUAAUGAGGUUGAUUCAGAUGUAGAAGAAGUAGAUUCUGAUGAAUGGGAUGAUUUUUCUGAAAAUCCUAUGGAUAACAAUGACUGUAUCUUUUGUUUACACCACAGUCGCAACUUGAUGAUGAAUUUGGAACAUAUGACUGUUGUCCAUUCAUUUUUUAUUCCUGAUAUUGAGUAUUGCACAGAUGUGGAGGGUCUACUGAGAUAUUUGGGAGAAAAGAUAUCUGAUGGCUUCAUGUGUCUAUGGUGCAAUGAUAAAGGCAGGACAUUCCAUACAGCAGAAUCAGCAAGACAACAUAUGCUUGAUAAAGGACAUUGCAAAAUGAUUCAUGAAGGUGUAGCCUUAGCUGAAUAUGCUGACUUCUAUGACUACUCAAAAUCCUAUCCAGAUGCAGAUACAGAAAACAUUGACACAGAUGAGGAGGUAGCUGUUCCAGAAUUGGAAGGUUCUGAUUAUCAAUUGGUACUGCCUUCAGGUGUCAUUGUGGGUCAUAGAAGCCUCAUGAAAUAUUAUAAGCAAAGUUUGAAUCCAACUAAGGUUGUUUCUACAAGCAAUAAUAAAAAGCUUCAUAAAGUUCUUGCCCAAUACAGGUCUUUGGGUUGGACAGAAACACAACAAGCUGCAGCUGCUAGGAGGGCCAAGGACCUGCAUUACAUGAAGAGAAUGCAGUCCAAAUAUUCAAUGAAAUUGGGUAUGAAAAAUAACAGUAUUCUUCAGUCACAUUUCAGAAGACAAGUACAAUUCUAA